AUGGGCCAGUUUAUUGCAAAGAUGCUGAUCUGGCUAGCACUCGGAGUUUUCUUGGGCAUCCAUAUACUCGGUGCCCGUGCGGUUUGCAAUGUGUGUGCCUCCGUGUCCAAUGUGGCCUGUAUAUCGAACACCGCAUUUCAAUUCUGCUCCGGCAGCGCCUUGCCUUUUGGCCCCGUUUACAAGUGUCCCACGGGCUAUUAUUGCACGGCAAAUGACGCUACGUGCAACACAGAUGUGGCCCUGAGAUCCUGUAUAGGUUGUGGCACCUGCAAUAGUGACAACACUUUUGCGUGCCUCACCGCGACGACUUUUGCCCUGUGCCUGGGAACAUCGACUCCUUCCCAGAUCGUCGGAAGUUGUGGCUCCAGCUAUGUCUGCGAUUUCGAUAAUCCGUAUAUUUGUGGUAGUCCAGCGGCGGGGUCACAGGCCACUUGUCCAGGUGAUAGUACUGGCACUGGACUGGAUGUCUCCGCAGUAACACCUACCACCUAUUGUUCCAUCGUCCAGCAGCACGGUCGAUUUCCCUAUGGCAUUGAUCUCAACACGACCUGCAGGCAGUACAUAUAUUGCUUUCUGAAUGCAAAUAACUGGGCGGGAGGCCUCUACUACUGUCCUGGGCAAACCUACUUCAAUAGCUCAUCCAGGUAUUGUGGCACCGAAGUGCCAGCCAGGUGCACUGAUGGAAUCGCCAGCUUGACACUUACCAGUCCAUAA